UCUUACUCAUUUUUUUUUGAAAAACUAAAACACAUACAAAUGUCUGUUCUCGAACAAAUCAAGCAGUUCACCACCAUCGUUGCCGACUCUGGUGACUUUGAGACCAUUGCUGUCUACAAGCCCCAGGAUGCUACCACCAACCCCUCUUUGAUUCUUGCUGCUGCCCAGAAGCCCCAGUACGCUUCCUUGAUUGAGGAUGCUAUCGCCUACGCCAAGGGCAAGGGAGGUUCUGAUGAGGAGCAGCUUGAGGCCGCUACUGACAAGUUGUUGGUCAACUUCGGUAAGGAGAUCUUGAAGAUUGUUCCCGGUCGUGUCUCCACCGAAGUCGAUGCUCGCCUGUCUUUCGACAAGGAUGCCACUGUUGCCAAGGCCCUUACUCUCAUUGCUUUGUACGAGGCCGAGGGUGUCAACAAGGACCGUAUCUUGAUCAAGAUUGCCUCUACCUACGAGGGUAUCCAGGCCGCCCACAUCCUCGAGACCCAGCACAGCAUCCACUGUAACCUGACCUUGUUGUUCGGUUUCGCCCAGGCCGUAGCAUGCGCAGAGGCUGGUGUUACCCUCAUUUCUCCCUUUGUCGGACGUAUUCUUGACUGGUACAAGAAGUCUACCGGUCAGACCUACGAGAGCCACGAAGAUCCCGGUGUCCUUUCGGUCUCCAAGAUCUACAACUACUACAAGCAGCACGGCUACAACACCAUUGUCAUGGGUGCCUCUUUCCGUAACACCGGCGAGAUCGAGCAGUUGGCUGGUUGCGACUACCUCACCAUCUCUCCUUCCCUUUUGGCUGAGAUGCAGAAGGACACCAAGACUCUUGUCCGCAAGUUGUCCCCCGAGACUGCCAACGCUGUCUCCAUCGAAAAGGUCUCUUACUUCCACAACGAGAAGGCCUUCCGUUGGGAUAUGAACGAGGAUGCCAUGGCUACCGAGAAGUUGUCUGAGGGUAUCCGCAACUUCGCCAAGGAUGGUGUUAAGCUUGAGAACAUGCUCAAGGAAAAGCUCCUCUAAGAAAAUCCUCCAAUAACUAGAUCUUAUUAUUUUUGCACAUCAACUUCACUUCCUUACCCUCUCUACCACUCCAAAUCUCCACGCUGUACAAUAACACCAAUCCUUUCUAUCUCUGUAAAAAAAUGUGUACAAGUAAACGGCCACCCCUUUCAAGUGCUGUUUGUAACAAUCACCAAUACUAACAAUAAAAAUAAAAAAUAAAUAAAGUACACUCAAAAUACAGCAAAAAAUACAAUAU